GUCAAACAUCAGGUGAGGUGGAGAGGGCUAGGGCUGUGCAACCACGGCUACCGCUAGACUGGCCACAGGCAGCCAAGCGGAAUAAAACGCACCUCUUAGCCUACUCCACCGCCAAAAUCCUUUCCCUUUUUCCUCGUCAAUACUGAACAUACUUUUACCUCUUUCUUAAAAGCUACCUUACCCUGUCGUUUACAUCCAAACAAUCCUAUAUCCCACCAAUGGCCUCGGAUUCAACCGACCACGAAAAACUGCUGGGUGCCUCGGAGCAGCAGCACCGGCGGGCCGAUAUAGAGAGCAGUGAGGCGGGGCAGAGGCGUGCCCAGCUUCUUCGGCAGAAGCGGAUCGAGCGCGUAGUGCAAUACGUGUUUGGUGGCAUAUUCCUCCUUCUCGUCAUCAUCAUCACCACGUACGCAGUGUCCAACACCAUCAUUGGAUGCGCUGAUCCUGUCGAAGAGCAGCAGGACGCAGCGCGGCUGAUGGACUACAAUGAGCUUGACUGCCGGACCACCGGGUGCAACAGGAACUUUGAGUGUGUCCUGCUGGACGCGGAGUUUGAGUGCGCCAACCCGCCGUGCAAAAAGUCCAUCUACCAGUGCGUUCCGGCAGCCAUGUUUGAGGACUCUGAUAAGGUGGUGUCUAUCCAGGCUGCACCGCCAAUGAUUAAGCGGGCUAUGCCUGUUCAGACAGCCCAGCUGCAGGCUGACUUAUUGAGCCUGGCUGCUGUCGACGAGCUCGAGGGCGACAUGCCGCCAGCCUUGGCAAAGUGCAUCGAGAACCACGAUGGACGGAGUAUCUGGCGGAUCGAGGGCGACGCGUGCAACACCUGCCGCUGCACUGACUCGGGCAGGGUCACCUGCACCCGCAAGCUGUGCAACCCGAACAACCUGCUGUUCGAGUCGCUGAUGAGCAAGGCGGAGAGCAACGAGCUGGCUAGCCCACAGUCGACAGCGCCGGCAGUCAAAAAGGCUGCUCCUGUAGUGGAGGCGGCGGGUUCCAAGGGCCCAGAUCGUGUGAACCGUGCCGCACGCACUCGGACGACCAUCAUGAUUCCUGUUGUCACACUUGCCGACGAGGAAGGUGAGCUCGCAACACUGUUCACAUCGGUUGCCGUGGAUAUCCAGAGCUGAGUCUCACUUUGCGUCUAUUUCUGCCAAGUGACCCUCGUAGCUUAUAGCCUGUUUAAUGUAUACUCCUGUUCUAAAUCUGGGU